AUGUUUCCAACUGCUUGUAGUAAUUGUAGAAAAAGAAAAGUUAAGUGCACUGGUUCUCAUCCAUGCAAUAAUUGUAUCAAGAGAUCAGAAAAAUGUGAUUAUAAAAAAGGUCCCGUUAAAAGAUCGCCAACGUUGACAAGGGUGUCAAACAAACAAUUUCUAACAGUUAUUGCCCAAAAAUUUGAUAAUUUGCAAAAGUCAUUAAAAAAUAUAGAAACUUUGUUACUUAAAAAUGGAAACAACAAAGUGGAUCGGACUUUUAACACAUCUGCUCCUCCUCAUGUCAAUAGUUCCAACAAAAAAAUAAUUGACUCUGGUAUAAAUACAGUAGCCUUUUAUUUAUACUGCACCGGCGGUACUGAGAAAUAUUUAUCUGAAAUGAAAACUUCGUUUAAAAUAUUUACCAAAUAUGGGUUUGAAUGGAUUAGGAAACAGGUUGAUUCUCAAGAAGCCCAAUUAAUAUUAAAUGAUAUAAUGACAUUAAAUAAAAAAUUAAGAGAAGAUAAUGCCAGGUUGGUCCACAAAGCUUAUAAAACUAAUAACAGACAGAUAUUCCAUUUAAAACCACCAGAAUAUAUAAUUAUUCAAUUGCACAAAAUUUAUACAGAAACUAUUAAAAAUUAUGUUUGCACUUUAUAUUUUACAAACAUGGACGAUUUAAUACUAAAUAAAUAUAUGAGCAACCAUGAUGAUGAAUUAACCGAUUGUGAGUUAUUUUUAAUAUACUCAGUGCUAUUAUUAUCCAGCUCAUUAAGAUCGAUACCAUAUAAACACCAUGAAUAUAAGGUAUGGAAGACUUUUUAUUUUUUGCAAACUGUUAGUUAUUACCAAAAAAUAACGAAUAAAUAUACCAUGAAUAUUGGCGAUUUGGAUCCAAUACAAAUAUUACAAGCCAUUUCUGUAUUUUGCUAUUUUUUGACCAAUUCACCAACCCCACAAAUAACCUGCUUUAUUUGCUCAACUGCAAUUAGUAUCUGUAACGAUAUAGGAUUGAACAAGCAAAAGUUUUUUUAUUACAAAUCCGAUGUGGAAACCAGGUUAAAAUGCAGAUUCCUGUAUUUAUUUUUUUACCAGCUAGAUGGAUUCCUAGCUUUACUAAUAGGCAAACCACAACUAAUACCUGUGGAAUAUACUGAAAUUAUACAAGAUGAUUUUUUAAACGACUUAUGUGUAUACCAUGCCAUCCCAUUUAAGGAUGCAGAUUUUUCUAAUAUUGGCAAUUUUUAUAAAAGAUUGGAAACUUCAUAUUUUGGAUUCCGUAUAAUAUUGUUCCACAUGAAUUCGGGCUUACAACAAUUAUGUGGCGUUGUUUAUCGAGAAUUUGCUUCAACCAAAAGUGUAGAAACUUAUAAAUUAUUUGAUAAAGAAUCACAUAUUUUAUCGAUUAAUGAAAAACUAGACAAUUGGUGUUUAUUAUUACCAGAAAUACUAAGGCCAAAUAAUUCCGGGUAUAAAAAUUUAGAAGAUCACUUAUUGAACUUAAAUGGUGCUGAUAGUAUAAUAAACAUUAAGUAUUUUAAACAAAGUGCAUUGUUGCUCUUGCUACAUUACCACGUUAUACGAUUAUGGAUGAAUAAAAUGGUAUUAGGCCCGCCAUGGGAAACUUCUAAUGAUAAUUAUCAUGGUAAACAAACCUUAUUGAAAAGAAACGAGUAUUUGAACAGAGUUAUCAAAAAUUCAGUGUGUGUUUUAAAGAUUAUAGAAAUUUUCUUUGAUGACGUGGAUUGGAAUCCAACACAUACAAACACCUUGUCAUUUAGCUUUUUUUCCAGCUUUUUAAUUUUGUUUUCAUAUAUAUUGUCCAAAAACAGUUAUCCAUUGGAAGACGGUAAUUGUGGUGGUGAUAACGAUAUCAAAAAAUUGACUUUGCAAUUAACCAUAUAUUUACAAAAAUAUUUGGAUCAGCAUAAUAGAAAUAUCCCAAUUGAUGUUUCCAGAUGGUGUACUUCAGGUAUUCAUAUGCUAUAUUUUCUAAAGAUCUUAUUUAUAAAAUACCAGAAAGAAACCGGCGAUACUUCAUUUAUUUUCGAAAAUUAUUUCCCCAAUGACAUACCACAGCUUAGGAAAACUAUCCAAAGAUACAGCAAAGAGAAUGCAAACUUGUUCGAAACGAGUUAUCCUCCUGGAGGGGAUAAGCAACAUAGUAAACCAGCUACUACAUUAAAAGAACACAAUGAUUUAGGCAAUAAUAAAUUUGAUUCAAGUUUAAUAUUCCAAGAUAACAGUAAUUGUAAUGGCGACGUUACAAUGAUUAAUGAUAAUCCACAAAAUACUGUUAUUCAAGAUCCUUCUGUUGCAAUCAUCAAUAAUAACAAUCUAGUGACAAGUCCUUCCACACAAUUGCGACAGCCAUUUGAUGAUUUUUAUGUAGACUAUUUGUUUGGUGGUACUAACAUAGAUGAUACAAAUCUAUUUGGUUCUGAAGAAAUGUUGAAAACAUUAAACGAGUUUUCAAUUUUAGAUGAAGAUUUUUUCCCCAAUACAUAA